GUUGACAACUGGAACUAGUUCAUAGACCUUUGUGAAUGUAGGAUAUGUUUUUUAUUGUGUUAUGUUGUGUAAAAGUAAGAAAAUAAAUUUAAAAUAUAUCAAAAUGAAUGAAAGAUGUGUAACAUUAUGGAAGGAUUAAAAUUUGAAUGAUUUCGAAACAUACUGUGUCUGAUACCAAUAAUAUUUUACAUCGUAAAAAGAAAAUAAAAUUUUUUAUAAAACAUGUUACUGUUACGAUUUAUUUUUCGUAUUAUUUAAAUAACAUUUAUAGAACUAGUUUCAUAAUCAGAAAUACUGCAAUUAUUUACAAUACGUUUAAGCGAGAGUGAUCAGCAUGGCACAAAAAGAAACUACUAAUCUAAUUAGAGAAGAUUUUGAUGCUGGCCCAUCGAGCUAUGAUGAAAUUAUUCCUGGUUUGUUCCUUGGGAAUCUUACAGCUGCUACAGAUAUCGAAUGGUUAAAGGAAACUAAAAUAAAUUAUAUACUCACAGUAGAUUCAUGUCCACUUCCAAGAAAAAUCCAAGGACUUCUACCAAAUUUGACUGUAAAAUACAUACAAGUUACUGAUAUGCCACGCGAAGAUCUUUUAAUUCACUUUGAAGAUUCUUAUGAGUUUAUAGAUCAUUCUCUACAGCAGAAUGAAAACAUUUUGGUACACUGCUAUUUUGGUAUUUCUAGAUCAGCUACAAUCGUUAUUGCAUAUUUAAUGAAAAAAUAUAAAAAAAGUUUCUACGAUGCGUUUGAAGCUGUAAAAGAAAAGAGACGCUUUGUGGGACCUAACGCUGGUUUUUUAGCACAGUUGAAGCUUUACGAAGAAAUGGGUUUUGGAGUAGAUAAUACUAACGUACAAUUCAAAAUGUAUAAAUUACAAAUUGCAGGUGAUAAGAUGCGAAAGGCAAAAAUUUUACCACAAAAUUGUGCUGAUUUGAUAAAAUCAGAUCCUGCUCUUGCUACGGUACAUCCAGAGCCAACAGUGUAUCGGUGUAAAAAGUGUAGAAGAAUCAUAGCAAGUGCUAGCAAUAUUUUGCCACAUAUGCCAAACGAAAGACAAAUCUGGAGACAUAUAAGUACAAGAAAAACGUCGCGUGAAUUGUUGGAACCGCUACAAAAACGAGAGCAGCAACCUGCAGAAUUUUGUACCAAAAUAUUGUUUGUGGAGCCGCUAGCUUGGAUGCCCGAUAUAACGCACAAUGUCGAGGGGAAAUUGAAUUGUCCAAAAUGUAAUACAAAACUAGGCUCUUUUAGUUGGAUAGCGGGUAGUCAAUGUCCAUGUGGCAGCAAAAUAGCACCUGCAUUUUAUUUGGUUCCUUCAAAAGUAGAUUGGAGUAAUGCUGUGCAAAAUGUACAAGUAACUGUAUAGUACUAAAUUGUAUCUCUAUAAUUAAGAUCUUUUGGACGGAUGACUAGCAUGUAAUAACUAAUAUGUAAGAAGAAAUUUUUGGAAUCUUUUUACGUGGUUCUAGCUCGAUUAACGUUAUAACGAAUAUACGUGUGACCAAUGUACUUAGGAAAUUUAUAUUCUAAUUUUGUGCCAAUGUUCUUACAUUAUAUGUGAACAUAUUCGUUUUACGACUAUAACUUUACAUAUUUCUUGCCGCAACGAGUACACGACCCGUUCUUCCACAGAGAGAGAUCGAUCAUUGUAUUUAUACAUCUUGCUUUUUUCUAUGAUUAACAUACAUAAUAUAAUAACUUUGUAGACUAACAUAUAACAUUUCCUGUAUAGAUGUCUUGUAUUAAGCAGAUAAUACAUAUAUGAUUUUUAUUAUUUA